CUACAUAUCCCCAAAGGGCCUCACUUCCCUUUAAACCCCCCCGUCACUCUCGGCGCCUGAGCUUCUUUGCUCUUGGUGAAGAUGCCUUUUCACGGGCACCAUCACUCGGCUUCUUCGUCGUACCAGAAUGGUCCAACGACUCAGCCGGGAGCGGCAACUGGCAUCUAUCAAGCUGCGCAAGCCUUAGGCUCCAUUGGCGCUCCUUCUGGAAAUCUUCGAGUUGCGACGUCCGGGACAACAGGGGCUGCUACGGAUGCCUUCCUCCCAUCGAACGGCAAUACCACUGACUUAAUUGUUGGGGGCCAAACCGCUCCGCCUACCAUUCCAGGCUUUCCUGGCCCUGGCACGGAUCAUCCUACCGCGACCGCCAUCCAACCUCAUUCAGCUGACUUAUCGCGACGAACACAAACAUUGGGCCGUCAACCCGAAGAAUUGCAUAUGCCACCUUCAAGUUUGACCAUGGGUCAGCAUUCGUCUCAUCAGCCCUCGCAGAACACACUACCUCAACGCUACGUGCCUUCCCAGGACCAGCUUGCCAGCAAUACGCCAGGGAUCAACGUACAGCAAGCAACACCAAAAACCAGCCAUUUUGCAUCUGCCUCCACGGGAGCUGGACUCCCAGGCGCUCUGCAACCGGGCAAUUCGGGACGGCCUGUGCCGUCUUCUGUGAACACCGCACCAUCCUCGAUACCUUUCGCUCAAACAACCACGCAACCGCCGCAACAAUACAGUACUCCGUCACGUUCUGGAACAGUGAGUCAGGCUCACAGUUACUCUCGAUCCAGCCCUUCUGGCUUCGAGCAAUCGAAAUACAUACCUUAUUCAAGCACACCCGAGAACAAGUAUACCUCUCCUCCAGCGCAGAAAUAUGGGUAUCCGCAAACGCCUUCCGGCGCACUCUCCAAUUCGCCGUUGGGCCUUUCAGACAUCCGUCCCAGAGCAGACUCUUCCUUGUCGGAUGGUCCUCCAAGCGCAAACCCUUUUUUAUUUGAUAUCGCAGCAUCCCAGCCGCCCAAUUGCAACUAUGUGGCUCCAUGGCCCGUGUAUGCAUUCGAUUGGUGUAAAUGGCCGGCGCAGCAACACAGCGGCGGGUCCUCUGCGGGAAAGAUAGCAUUGGGAAGCUACAUUGAGGAUGGCCAUAAUUUUAUUCAAAUCCUCGAUUCUCAGAUUACCUCACAAUCGUCAACCGAUUCUCCCUCGACAUCCCCUGCCCAUGGACUAGAAUUUGUCAAGGUAGCAGAAGCUACCCAUUCGUAUCCUCUUACGCGGAUUCUAUGGGAACCUCCAUCAUCGCAGAAGCAGAGCACAGACCUUUUGGCCACAUCCGGAGAUCAUCUCAGGUUGUGGUCUUUGCCAUCAACUACAGCGACAUCCACCAACAAUUCCAUCACUCGGUCAUCCAAGGAUCAGCUAGUCCAGAAGUUGACCCCGCUUGCCCUCCUCUCCAACUCCAAAUCCCCUGAACACACUGCCCCGCUUACGUCUCUUGAUUGGAAUACGCUGUCGCCGAGUUUGAUCAUCACCGCCAGCAUUGAUACGACUUGCACAAUAUGGGACAUCCCAACACUUACGGCCAAGACGCAGCUGAUAGCUCAUGAUAAAGAAGUCUUUGACGUCCGCUUCUGUGCCAACAGCGUUGACGUAUUUGUAAGCUGUGGCGCUGAUGGUAGCGUGCGCAUGUUUGACUUGAGAAGUCUUGAGCACAGCACAAUCAUCUAUGAGCCCUCUGAGAAGGGUGAAAAAGGUUCGAGCCCUGGAAAUAUGAGCCCCACGACUGCUCAACAAAUGUUGGCCUCUGCUCCUCCACUUCUUCGCGUAGCUGCUUCUCCGCAUGAUUCGCAUCUGCUUGCUACUUUUGCCCAGGAUUCGAGUGUCAUCCGAAUCCUUGACGUCCGGCAACCAGGACAGGCUCUUCUGGAGCUUCGAGGACAUGGUGCGGCUCUGAAUUGUAUGGAAUGGUCACCAUCGCGCCGAGGCACGCUUGCCUCAGGCGGUGACGACUCGCUCGUCCUGGUAUGGGAUCUUUUGAAUCAGUCGAAUGCUGCAGCUCUCCCAGCCGGGAGCAACGGAGCUCCAUCUGGUAAUCCGCCCAGUUCUACCGAGCAUGGACGUGGUCCUGCAGCCUGCUGGCAGUGCGAUUAUGAAGUGAGCAAUAUUAGUUGGGCACCUCAAAGCGCCUUGACAAGCCACGGAAACGAUUGGUUGGGAGUUAGCGGCGGACGAGGACUGUGGGGGGUCAAAACAUGAACAGAACCUCGGUUGCACGCACAUUUCCCUGCGAUUUUAUAGAGUUGGAUCUCAUGGUCAUAUCUGAAUUGGGUCAUUUAUAUUGCAUCGCCGAAUAGCGCGGCGUUUUCGGCAAGGCGGUGCCACUGCAUCAUUCUCUAUGCCAGCCUCUUUUCUUUUUUCGUCUUUUCCUUUACAUGUCGAGGCAUGCCUUUGAUGAUUUACUAUCGAUAUGAUGACGACUGUAGCUCUAAAUACCAGUCAGCAGACACGGCUCUCAGUGGUCACACAACCCAUCAUGAUACCCAA